ACGCAGCCACCCCGUUCACUCCAUCCAAUUCAGGUAAGUGAGGGGGCGCCUUUUUUUCCUUGGCUCACUUGUUUCCUUUUGGUCUUUAUUUUCGUCCUCAGGCUCCCAUCCAUGGCUGGCUGUCGCAGUCGUAGUCUCGCUCGGACGUGGAUGGACCUGCUCUUGCCCUUACCUUCGAGGAUCCCCACGCUCGGCUGUAUCUGUAUGAGCGGACCGUCCAUUGGGAUGCUGGACUCGUGGGUUUGGCCCUGUCCCUGUCGGGCAAUCGCGUCGCCUGGCGUCAGGCGGUUGACGCCGAAAGUGUUAGAGGCAACUCCUGGUUCCCAAUCGAAAGUCGCCCCGCUGUGGGCAGAUACGUACCGCCAAUGUGAUGGCACUCCGUGCGAGCAAGUCACAGCUAGCGGGCAGCUCCACUAGUAAUUCCCGCCUCGCCGCCGUCCUGUGCAGGAAGGCGCCCACUCCAAACCU